AUGGUACUCAGAUAUGUUGAAAUCGCCUUAGGGUACUUGCUUUAUAAUUUCAAAGCAGGUGAAAAUGCUUUAAUUCUUAACCAGGAUCCAUAUAAAGAUCUUCCCAAACAAAUCAAAGUCACGAGUGAUGAAUUUAAAGAAGGUGAACAUUGGCCAGAGAUUUGCGCUGGAGUAGGUGUUGGUGGUAAUAAGUGUCCCUCUCUUUCCAUAACUUGUGACGUUCCUGAAGUGAAAUCUUUGGCCGUACUUUGCCAGGAUAUUGGAACCCCGUUCGUAGCCAUCACGCAUAUGAUUGCAUACGCUAUAGACCCUAAGGCAAGAAAGUUCGAACUUGGAGAAUUUGCAAUUGGUACCACUUCCUCAGACUACAAACUUGGUAAGACUAUUGGAGGUGUACUCGGAUAUAGAGGUCCAAGACCUAUUACUGGACACGGGCCCCAUGAAUACAUUUUCCAGGUGUUUGGCUUAAACGAAGUCGCAACUGAAGCCUUGGAUCAAUUGGAGACUCCACCACUGACGAAUGAGCUUCUAAAGGUCAUCGAAGGGAAUGUAAUUGCUACAGGAAUUUUAGCUGGUCAUUAUCGUAGAGACUAG